GUCAUCAUCUACCUACAGGCUCCCGAGAGGAGCGAUACCGGAGAGCAGGAACUGGUUCGUUCGCCUCGCCGGUGCUGCUGCAACACCUACAACCGACGGAGGAGAAACCGGCUGACCGAUUCUGGGGGAAUAACUCACCACUGAGCCGCUUUUUUGCAAGAAUCCUACAGGCUCUAAAUACUUGGGAGAGCACAGCCUCUUCGCCAAUGGCAAGUCCGGUUGCAGACAUCGGACCGUCUCAUCAGCAUCACCCGGGGACCGAGUCCGCCGCAGACGCCGCGUUUCAGGAGGCACAGAAAUGGAUUGAGGCUGUGACAGGACGCUGCUUUGGUGACAAAGAUUUCAGAGGCGGUUUGGAGAAUGGGAUCCUUCUAUGCGAGUUGCUGAGCUCUAUUAAACCCGGCCUGGUGAAGAAAAUUAACAGACUUCCAACACCGAUAGCUGGCCUGGACAACCUCAGUGUGUUUCUGCGUGGCUGUGAGGAGUUGGGACUGAAAGGCUCCCAGCUGUUCGACCCUGGAGACCUGCAGGACACGUCGACACGCCCCACCGUCAAGGGAAGUGACUGCAGCCGAAAGUUGAAGAAUGUUUUAAUCACCAUCUACUGGUUGGGUCGAGCUGCCAACGGCUGUACCUCCUACAACGGGCCCACGCUGGACCUAAAAGAGUUCGAGGGCCUGCUGUCACAGAUGCGAAAGGAGGCGGAGGAAGCAGAGAGCCCUAAACGUAGCAUCCGGGACAGUGGCUACAUCGACUGCUGGGACUCCGAGCGCAGCGACUCUCUCUCCCCGCCACGGCACGGCCGCGAGGACUCGUUCGACAGUCUGGACUCCUUCGGUUCACGCUCACGACAAACCCCGUCACCGGACGUCCUGGUCACCCGUGGCAGCAGCGAUGGCCGCGGCAGUGACUCAGAGUCCGACGGUCCCCUCCACAGGAAGAUGCCAGAUGUGCGUAAGGACGACAUGUUGGCACGACGGACGUCCAUCAAUGAGCCGCGCACCGCCAUGCCCUUCAACCAGUACCUGCCUAACAAGAGCAACCAGAGUGGGUAUGUGCCCACGCCUCUCCGCAAGAAGAGGAACGACAAAGAGGAGGGGGGUCGCAAGAGCUGGAGCACAGCUACUUCACCUGUAGGUGGAGAGAGGCCGUUCAGUCUAAAUGUUAUCCCUAGCUUAGACGCCCCACCUGGAGAAUCCCCAGCCCUGUCCCCUACCUCGCCCCGCAAACCCCAGGUACAGAUUCAGAAGGAGAACCAGUCUAAAAUGGACGAUGAGGGAGGGAGUCUGCCAGCCUCCCCACCUCCCCACAUUGAGAUCCACGCAGCAGGCGUAAGGAGGAGCAGUGAGCCUCUGCCCUAUAGCCUCCCCCAGCCCCAUGCAGACCCCCCAAAGGAGACUCACCUGACGGUCACCUCUGAGCAAAGUACUCCGGCUCGCUCGUGCUCAGAGGAACUCUUCAACCGAUCGACGACUCUAGCCGGAAACGCAACAAGUCCCGUCACCGCGACUGGGAAACAACCACCUGUAAAGGAAGACAUCGCUGCCAUGUCAAGUGCAGCUGUUGAGCCGCAAGCGCUGACCUCCCCCAAAAACAUCACCACCUCCGGCCUCUCCGACUUCCUUCCUGUGCCUGCCGCCAUGGCAACUGCUUCAACAGCAACAACAGACGCAGGCCGACGGAAGGGGAGGGCGCUGAGUGAAAGUGACGACCGGCAGGGGUCUUGGGCGGACGGCGAUCUUCCAGCAACAAUCAGCAGCACACAUAGUGCGUCAGAUGACCCACAGAGUGUGAGCAUGAUCGACAUGCGCGGUGAGGAAGAGGCCCUCAUGCAGCCCCACAGUCAGGUGCGUCAUGAAUUGAUGCACAACCAGUACAACCAGAUGAAAGAAGAGGAGGAUCACUGGCAGGAUGACCUGGCCCGAUGGAAAAGUCGGAGGAGGAGUGUUUCGCAGGACCUCAUCAAGAAGGAGGAGGAGAGGAAGAUGAUGGAGCGGCUGGUGACAGGAGACACCUGUAUCACGGAGAGGAGGAGAAGCAUCAAGACCUACAGAGAGAUAGUGCAAGACAAGGAGCGUCGAGAGGAGGAUCUGCGUAACGCCUACAGAAGAGCCAGAACCCCGGAGGAGGCGUCCUCCAUCCUCCAGCGUUACGCUCAGCGUUUCUCCAUCAGCGACGCCGUGCUGGAGCGCCUCCAGCUGCCCAAGCUGCUGGACCGCAGCAUAUCCGCUGACCCCUCCUAUCCCGGCUCGCCCUUCCCUCUCUCCCUGUCCCCCUCGCCAACGACUCCGGACCCCUUCGACGCGGACCCCAACGGACCCAUGAAAUAUCUGCGGCAGCAGUCCGCCCCGGCUCCAAAGUUCACCUCUACGCUGGAGGCGCGCAUCGAGGAGUUUCCCAAAGACUCGUCGCACCAGCGGCCUCAGAUCCGUUCUCGCUCGUCCGAGCCGCCCUCCACCCGAGGCCUGUCGCCAAAACCAGUGCCUUUGCUGACGCCCAAGCCUUACUUCCAGUCCCGACCCACAGCGGCAGAGCCAUGGCCAAGCAAGGCGGAUGGAUUGCUUCGAGUCAACGGCGACUCAGGAAGCGCUCCAACCUCGCCGGAGAGUCAAGGAAGGGAAUCUCCUCCUCAUUUCCAGGCGUCGACUUCCAACACAGACAUCAUCACUGUGGACGCUCCAUCGCCAGCUGCCCCAACAUCGCACAGUCAGCCCGCCUCAAACGCAGGAGGAAGCCCGCUUUCGACAAAGGCAAAGGAGGAACCGAGUGGAGCAGAGACGGCUCCUAAAGACGUCCGGGAAGACAAAGUCACCGAGCAUUCAUCAUCACCCAGCAGGCCAACCUCGCUCCCAUCGGAGCUGCAUAAACCAGAAGAAAGCUUUGGGAAGACUGGAAACCUGCCUGUAGCUGCUCUGGAGAAGUCCAACACUGCAGCUCAGCAAACGACACCUACAGAAGCCAAACAAGAACAAUUAAAAACUGAACCAUCAGGUCAAAACAUCCCGAGCCUUGUCCAGGCAGGAGUGAACAAACAGCCAGUCACUUCACAGGCAAGUGUUCCCAGUUCACAGGAGUCUUCACAGAGAAGAGAGGAUCUACCAAGCCUGGCGUCACCGGGAUCGUUCGGAUACCACCACCCACCAAAGGAAACGUCAGCAGAGUUUGAAAACAGUGUCAGGUCUCCGCUGGCAACCAGCAACCCUAAGUUACGCUGGGAGUUCUUCGCUCCUCCAGAAGGGACGGAGAAGGACAGCCGUGGAAACGUGUCAGAACCGGUGUUGCCCCAGGCCAGGCGGCCUGACCGCUGGUCUUGGGACCCGGAUGAGGAGCGAAAGCGUCAGCAAAGGUGGCAGCAAGAGCAGGAGCGCAUGCUGCAGGAGAAGUACCGGCGCGAGCAGGAGAAGCUGAAGGAGGAGUGGGAGAGAGCGCAGAGAGAGGUGGCGGAGGAGGAGAGGAAGUAUCACGAGGAGGAGCGUAGGAUACUGGAGGAAACCGUGGCCCCUCUGACUCCCCGCUCCUCAGCCCUGCCCUCCCCCAGCCGAGGCGAGGUCUCCUUCACCCCGGCCCCCCAGGACACCAUCGUCCGCUCGCUGGCCGACUGGGAACGCAAGCAGGAGCUGCUGGAGAGGCAGUCGAAGGGGAGCACAGAGAGUGUGGAGUGGAAAAGGAGAGAAAACGACAGGACCAGUGACAUCAGCACUGCGGAUGACAGCAUGAAAACAGCCAGAAGCUCGGUGAGUCAGAGCGUCAGUCAAGCAGAAACGUUCUCUCACAGUUUGCAGAACGGACAAAAACUUCCCCAGGCGGCGACCAAAACCUCGACCCCGGUGAAGAAACAACAGCAGGCCACAGCGGACAGCAGCAAGCCCGGCCGGCCAGCAGGGGACAGGAGGAUCGGUUCCAUUGAUAAUAACUCGGGACGCAGCGCAUCAAAAGCCCCCGCACCAUGUCCACCACCUCCAGACACACUGCCUCCAGCGCCCAACAGGUACCGCAUCACAAGCAGCCCGCAUGGAGGGAGGGAGGGAGGGAGGGAGGGAGGGAGGGGGAAGGGGCUAACUAACAACUCAAUGAUGAAUUUACAAUAUUUAAGAACCCCCCCCCCCCCUCUCUCUCUUCAGUGUGGGGUGUGUAAAGGACAGUUAGGUGACACGACCACGGGGACAGACGUCCGGAUCAGAAACGGCCUCCUCAACUGCCACCAGUGCUACAUCCGCUCCCGCUCGGCCGGACAGCCAACCACGUUGUGACGCUCGACAGAAAAGCACAAGGUUCACAGAAGAAACUCCCCCCCCCCGCCGCCCCCCUCCCGCCCCUCAUCUCUUUUUAAACCGAUUAUCUGCAAAUCAUGUCCUUCACAGCGUGUCGGGAUCUUUGCAUCCUCUGCAAUUCAAUAACCAAUGAAGAUUCAUCAUGGUGGAGGGGGUGGGGGGGGAUCUGGGGGACAGUCUUAAGAAAAAAAAAAAAACAUCUCUUCUUCGUGUUUAUGUCAUCCGAGACGUGAGUGAAAUCUGGAUUUGAUUGGUCGGAGCAAACGCCACAGGCUCUGUUUCAUCAUGCAGCAACAGAGAGAGAGGGAGAGAGGGAGGGAGGGAGGGAGGGACGCUGUUCUGGGGUGGCGGCCAUGUUGAGAAUAAAACACAAUAACAUUUUACAGAUGCAUUGAACACACGGAUAGAAAAAGGUGGUGUUCAGAUCUCAGAUUCUAUUUUCCUGCUCGGAGCAAAUGUACCUAUUUACAUCCAGCCAAUGGAAACGCAGUAUAUCUAAGAAACCGCCUUUUUUUUUUUUUUUUUUUUUAAUCUUUAAAGAAAGAUGAUCUCAUUUAGUAGUAGAUCAAAAAUACUGGACGGGAGGUGAGGCAGCUCAGACUGGAUUUGUUUUCUUGAAUCUGAAAACCUGAAUCAUUUUCUGCCCCUUCAUUAAAGUACUGAACACAAACAGUUCAUUUAUAAAGUGUGAUAAUGUCACUUUAAACCCUCCUUACAUUCAGAAAUGUUACACACAAUGAUCCUCUCUAUCGUCGGGCGCUCACAGCGACCUCCCGCGUCUCUCCUCCUGUGCUCUUUCAUAAAUUAGCCUCUUAUAUAAACACAUGUUAUGGAUGUAUAGUUCAAACUUUAGGGCAAUAACUGGACGUCGUGUGAGCUGUGACGUUUGGCUCACAGCAGGUCGCUCCUCGGUCAGCUUUUGAGAGUCAGGACUUCAAUGUGCCUUAGAGGAAAAGCAAGGUGAUGCAGGAAUCAGAAGCACCAGUUAUUUGGUGUUUUUGUUUUUGUUUCUCCUUUUUUUUUUUUUUUUUCUGUUCUCUUUUUUUUUUUUCGAUGGUGUUUGGAGGGAUUUUGGCCAAAUUUGAACUCUGAAUCUGCAGACACACGCACGCUGCAGCCCUCCCUCACAUCUCGCUUUACAUCAGUACUGUUUUAUUUGAACAACAGACGACAUCUUUAUUUCCACUUUCCCCAAAAACAACACAUUUGUUGUCUG